CGUGAGUGCAUUGAGGGCUGAUGGAGAAAAUGCCUCCUAACACCCAGACUAAUCAAACAGGAUCAAACGUCCAAUCCAAAGCAACUGACAAGCAAAAAGCCUACUCAGUUAAUCACAAACGAAAAUGGAACAGAGGACAAAACUGAAAAAAGACAAAGAUGAACAGUUAAAAUAUGUGGAAGGCUCAACACUAAUUGACCCACUUUGUACCCGAGGCAACCCCCAAAAAAUCACAUUUUCUGACAUAACAUCAGCAUCGUUCAAGAUCAAGUCUGGAAUUUUUCGCACACCAUGCAUUCGAUCUCAUUUAUCCGAAUUGACUGGGAUGGAUAUUUAUCUGAAAAAAGAUUUUCUCCAGUUCACUGGAAGUUUCAAAGAGCGAGGUGCGAGGUAUGCCCUUCUGAAGUUGACUAGCGAACAAAAGGCAAAAGGGGUCAUAUCUGCAUCUCUGGGAAAUCAUGCACUUGCUCUUUCCUACCAUGGGAAAAAGCUAGAUAUCAAAGUAACGGUCGUAAUGCCGAUGGUCGCUCCAAUAAUGAAGAUCCAAGCUUGCAAACGGUAUGGAGCGGAUGUUGUGGUCAAGGGAGACGACAUGAAGGAAUCCAAACAAUACGCUAUGACGAUGGCACAAGAGAAAGGCUACACCUACAUAAAUGGGUAUGAUCACCCUGACAUUAUCGCAGGGCAAGGAACUUUGGGGUUGGAGAUCGUUGAACAAGUGGACGAUAUAGAUGCAAUUGUUGUACCAGUUGGUGGUGGAGGUCUCAUAGCUGGGGUCGCCCUGUCUGUGAAAACACUCAAUCCCCAUAUUAAAAUAAUUGGUGUUGAAUCUGACAGAUGUCCGAGUUUUUCAAAAGCUUUGAAUAAAGGAGAACCAACUGAAGUUGAAAUUCGAUCGACUCUUGCCGAUGGUCUGGCCGUCCCUCUGGUUGGGUAUAAUGCAUUUGCAGCAGCUGCACCUCUGAUAGACAAAAUGGUUGUAGUUGAAGAAGAAUGGAUUGCUAUAGCAAUUUUGAGGCUGGUUGAACUCGAAAAGUGUGUUGUUGAAGGUGCUGGAGCGAGCGGUCUUGCUGCGAUUCUGGCAGGGAAGCUCGAUGAACUGAAAGGCAAAAAAAUUGUGAUACCCCUUUGUGGAGGAAACAUUGACACUACAAUCUUGGGAAGGUGCUUAGAGAGAGGCCUGGCCGUCGACGGAAGGCUCAUAAAAUUUUGCGUGACGGUGAGCGACAGGCCUGGAGGUAUUUCGGAUCUUUGCCAGAUAGUUCGUCAGACAGGUGUCUCUAUAAAAGACAUCAUGCAUGAAAGGGCGUGGAUAACAUCAGAUGUUUUCAGUGUUCAAGUUACAGUUGUAUGUGAAACAAUGGACAAAGAGCACACGAAACGGCUUAAAACUGUACUUAAUGAUAAUUAUAAUACGGUGGUGUACGGAGAUAUAAUGAACCCCUGGACCCAACAUACUGAAGAUUAAAAUCUGAACUCGCUCAUAUAUUUUAAUUUUGUAUUACAAAUAUAUAAAUACAUAUAUUAUAGUGAUAUAGUAAUCAUUUGUAUAUUUUUAUUUCUGGAAUAAAUAAAGCAAUUAUUUUCUAUACAAAA